GUUAGUGCAGAAAGAGAAGAACCACCCCGGAACCGAGAAAGAGACGAAACGUCGAAACGAGAACAAGCUGCUUGGUCGACGAACGAUCAGCAUUGCAUCAAGUCGCAUCGCAUCGCAUCGCAUCAAGUCGCAUCGCAUCGCACAAAGUCGCAGCCAAAACAAAGAGCAUCGCAACCUCGCACUGCUCGAACCAGUGGCAAAGAAAGAAAAGACAGAGAACGGAUCACGAUGAAGAUUUUCGCAGCGGCACUCUUGCUCCUGAAUACGGACGGGAAUUCCGUCGGUGCCCAGAUGAUGGGAGGGGGAUACGGAGCGCGCCGGGAAGAAAAACACCACCGCGGUGAGUACCACGAGGAACCGGAACACAUCCUGACCAAGGAGGAAAUCGGGGACCGGGACCGCUUCUGGAAGCGCAACCUGGUGGAAGAAAGCGUCGUCCACGAGGGGGUGAACCACUACCACAACAUCAAGAACUGCAUCCAGGAAAGGCUCACCGAAAAAGAGUUCUCCGAGCUCAAAACGGUGAACAACCAUUCCGUCCGGUCCAUCGGAAGGACGAUCGACGAUCCCAACAACCACGGCAUUCCGAUGCUGGUGACGGUCGAGAACGCCAUGCACCCGACCCACGUCAGGGCGGUCCAGACCCUGGCCUCCUGCAUCCGAAGCUUUCUUCCCCACCUCUACGAAAGCCGGGCCAUGUACCAGGAAAUGAACCUAGACGAGGACGACGGAUCCGGGGGCAACUGCCCCACCCACCUGGCCCCCCUGGUCGGCGUCUUUCUCCCCGAGGUGGACCGGGAAAUGGCGGCCACCCUCGAGGUCGCCUACCGGGGCACCCCAGGCUGGAUCGCCACCGUCCGAGAGGACCAGGCGGACCCCCACAUGCCCCGGGACAAGAAGCUCUACCCCCCGGCAGAGGUCGGCGUCCGGGCCUCGGAGCACCUCACCUACUCGGACUUUCCCCGCCUGGCGGAGCACCACGACGGAGACACGUGCUACACGAUGAACUUUGCCUUCUCGGCCCCCGGGGACUACGAGGGAGGGGAGUUCUUCAUCCUCAGCUACGACGACGACGGCGAGAACGAGUUCCGCGACACGAUCAAGCCCAACCAGUACGACGCCCUGGUCUUUCUGGGCGGCAGGUACCUGCACGGGGUCAACGAGAUACACGGUGGCCACCGCGAGAUGUUCAGCACGGAGCUCUGGGCCUACCCGGACACGCCCUUUGGAUCCAGCCUGUGGUCCAACUUUCCCAACAACAUGGAGGACUACGUCGAGCGGUGCAACAAGGAGCAGGCAAAGACGGGAAGCGACACGUGCACCCUGCCCUACGACCUCAUCACGCCCUUUGCCGACAGCCGGGAAGAGGUCCGGCAGAAGUACGAGGGGGGUGGCGCGGGCAGCGACGACGAGGAGGACGACGACGACGACGAGGACGCCAAGCAGUACGACUAUGACCGCAGCGAGCGAGACGGCCACGGAGAUCCCCUCCCACCGCCCCUCCCCGGGAUCGACCGCCAGCACGACAACAAAAUCCGGCCCAACCGCGUCCGGCCGAACAGCCUCCGGGCCACGAGGGUCGUCUUUACCGACGGCUACGGCAAGGAGAUGGAGCUGGACGACUUUUACCCCCACAAGGACGAACCCGACUUUUUGGUCCCAAAGAAGCUGGGCGUGGCCGAGAUGGAGCCGAUCCGCUGGCGGGAGGACCUGAGCCCCGUCGACGGGCCGGACGGAGAGUCCUUUGUCAUUGGCUUUCCCCCCGAGCUGCACGAAGAAUUCAAAAAGUACGUGGCCCGAUCGGGCAUGAUGAGGAUCGCCCACCAGAUACUCUACCAGGAAGAGGAGCUGGAAGUGGACGAGCAGCGGAUCUACACCCUCGACGACGGAGAGAAAUGGACGGCCAUGGUGCAGGGAUCCUGGGACACGGACAUGGUCUGGCUGGAUCCCGGGGACGAGUCCUGCUUCGAGUCUCUCCUGGGAGUCCUGCGGAGGGGGGGAUUCGACAAGGUCCUGGACAAGGUCGGCAAGACCUUCGACCUCAACGGGCUGAUGAUCCAGGGCGUCGGGGCCAUUUUCUUGUCGGAAUACACCAAGACGGAAAACAUGCACGUGGACAUCCCGGGGAGCCGGGGCUCCUUCUACAACAUCAUCGUCCCCGUCCACAUCCCGGCCGACGACGUGGCGAUCUUCAAGAUCAGCGACAAGGGAGACGACUUCCAGGGCCGCAUCAAGCUCGACCCGAACGUCGGGGUCGUUCUGGGGGGAGAAUCCAGGCACGGGACGGGCGAAUGCAACUACCGCAAGCGCGAGGACUUUCGUCUCUCCUUUGCCGUCUACGUGGCGGACAUCAACGACGAAAACAUCGAGAUGAUCGCCGGCGACUCGACCUCCCUCUGGCCGACCCAGGGGGACACCUUCUUUUUCGAGUCCCAGAAGGGACGCCUCUGGACCAGGGACGGGAAGAACUCGCUGGCCCGCGACAGGGGCCGGGCGCCGAUGAACAUCCAGGACUCCCUCCCGGAGUGCGCCACGAUGGACAGGGACCUCUGCACGAGGGACGUCCAGGGAAUGCGGCUGGCCUGCCCCAAGACCUGCGAGCUGUACCUGGAGGACGACGUCUACUAUUCCAGGUACUUCCCGAACCGGACCGCCGAGCCACCGACCUGCGACAACCCUGCCUGCGAUGCCUAGGAAGGAAGCCACCAAACACACGGUAUCUCGCGGGGGGCUCGAACGUCGCUCCGUCUCUACCACUACUACUCCUACAGCACCUGCUACUACCAUAGACUAUUUCAAACGCUGCAACCCUUUCGGGACUGCCUCUGCCGUUUUUAACCGGACGAAUGCUGCGAUUCGUUAGUGUUUUCUCAUCGUACUCGAACCAGUAAUGAUCUAGAUCCUCAUGGUUGUCCCAGCGAAAGAAAAUUCGUCGACCCAAACGACCCAUUAUUCGUGACUAAAGUACUGUUGGUUCACUCCCAAAACUUGAAAUUGAGAUUUUCUCCCUCGACCGUGAUUUCCCGUACCGUAGCGUACGUACUCGUGAGAGUAGUACGAAUUUGCAACGCAACCGCACCGUAGUUCACACGUACCGUUCUCCUCUCUUUUCGGCUGCCAAGCACUGUGGGAGUCAAAAACUAUGCCGCAGCACCGUGGUAUUUUCACAACGUCCGUGGGAAUCGAUCGGGCUCGAGCCCCACGGCCAAUCGCACAACGAAACCGCUGCCUCGAACUGCGGUAUGGAAACCGUCUGCGGGUCGCCGAAGGCUGGUGGGAAUGCCGUUCGAUCACAACGCAAGCGGCGGCGCCCAUGGGAAUCGAUUCGAGUCCGGUGGCCUACGAAACGACGGUGCAAACCCCCGAAACAGCUCGGAAAUGGGGAGGCCGUCUGCGUUUCGCCGAGCGGUGGGAAUCGGUCGACUUCAAGUUUGCGAUUAACGGGUAGAACGAAAUGACUUCUUUCGUGCUCGGCUUUGGGUCUCUCUUCCCGUCCGAACUGUGCAUUCUAGGAUCCAAACAACUGCAUCGGGAGGGAUUGCAAUGACCCGGUGGGCAAAACCGCGAUCUCCUACGAGAGCAAGCGUACAGUCCGGUAGAGACAAAGCAUCGGAAUCACCUCGGAUUCGAGAAAGGGUGCAAAAUAUCUCCAUUUCGAAUGCUGGUUCCUACCUCUCACAAAACCAAACUUGAUCCAAACUCAAAAGCAAUUUGAACAAACCAAACAACUACCCCUAUCAACUACUUCCACUAUGAUGACCUUCAACUUCUCUACCGUUGUCCUCGCCCUUGUCGCCGCCACCUCCUUUGUCUCUGCCGACUACGUCUGCGAAAACCAGGCCUUCUUCAAGCUAGACACCAAAAAAAAGCCGUCCAAGAAAUCGAUCGAUUCCCUUCAUACCUUCAUGUUGGAUUCCUUCCAGGAAGCCUACAAGAACAACGACGACAUCAACAUGCUCUCCGACAAGUUUGAAAGCGUAAGUUUAUUGUUCCGGUUGUUGCUUGGUGUUGCCAGAACUGCAACCGAAACUGCCUGUUUGUCUAACGGACCGAUUCCAUGUUUUUCUUGGGCUGGUGCAAAUUCAUAGUUCUCGCUCGGAAAGGACUCU